AUGAACGCAAUGAACGAGUUUAUCUUCCUCAAACUCCACCUCUCCCUUCCUACUGCCCUCCCCUGUCCUUCUGACUGCCCUCUGUUGCCCCUGCCUCGUCGUCCCACUGCAGCUGUACCUCAAUUGUACGGCGGUGACCCACCAUCGCUCAGGAUGGACUCCAGACCCCCCAACCCGCUGCUGCUCGGGCUUCUCACCAGCCUCCUGCACUUCUCACGGUGUGCCGGAGGAGAGUCAUCAUACAUUAUAGACGCCGUUGGCCUUACAAUCCUACCCAGCAGCACAGUGCCGAGCGGGACCCCGGUGACCAUACAGUGCCAGGUCCGCGUCAGUCAUGACGGCAUCCCACACCCGACUCAUACUUUCCAGCUGACGCAGGACGACAUUGCCAUCCACACCUCUACCACCACAGGAGACAAGAUCGUAUACGAACUCAACCCGGCCAGGGCGGCCGACUCCGGGAGUUAUGAAUGUCAGGUCACAGUCAAAGACAAGAGCAAAACCAGCUUCAGCCAAAAACUCGACGUCACAGGCCUGCAGACCCCCAUUCUGUAUCUGAAUAAGACGACAUUGUACGAGGGUGAUACCUUCAUAGCCACCUGCAGUGCCUUGGAUGAGAAAGGAUCCCUCAUAUUCCGUUUUUUCCGGAGAUUUAGAACCGAAGAGCCUCAGAAGAUGAAGCAGGUAGCAUCCAAUGGGAACUCAACAGAGACCAAGCUGGUCCUGAGACAGGUUGGAGACUACUUCCUGUACUGCGACUACGAGAUCAGUUUGGCUUCUGGGACAAGACGCUCCAACCAGAGCAAUGAAGUUCAAGUGAUAGUCAGAGGACUCCACAUUUCCCCGGUCAUGAAUGUGCUGCCAUCCCCACAUGUCUACGAGGGUGACCUAAUGGAGGUGGUCUGCAAAGUGGUGAAUUCACUGAAAAAUGUUGACGUUUUCCUGACGAGGGACAGGAGGAUCCUCAAGAAGGCCGCGGUCAGCCUCAGUCAUCGUUUCAGAGCACAAGAGGGCGACUCCGGGGAGCUUGUGUGUAAGGCAGAGUGGGGCAAUCUGCAGAAAGAAACCUACCAAGUUAUCACAGUCAAAGAGCUGUUUUCAAAGCCUCGCCUGACUGUGGAGCCCGUGGACAUAUUUGAGGGAGAACGCUUCACACUGAACUGCUCUGUCUUGGUUUACGUACCUGAGAGGAUCAGCAAUGAAUCCAUGAAGUUCUCCAUCUACAAAGACAGCGUCAUGGUCACCCCUUCAGAGACAUACAUUACUGUGGCACAUCCAAGUAAAAAUGGCAACUACACCUGUAAAGCCCAGGCUGCGUCGCUCGCUCACAGCUUCGUCAAAGAGAGCCCCACGCUUGUUGUUAAAGCCAAAGUUCUCGUCUCAAGACCCGUGCUGAGCGUGGUGGGGGCUACGCUUGUAUUGGGCAAGCGCUUCCAGCUGCUCUGUCGCAGUGACGAUGGCACUCUGCCCAUCAUUUACUCCCUACACGGCCCCGAAGGGCUAAUUGGACGCAGGGCGGUGAGCAAACCAGGGGAGCAAGCCAUCUUUAACUCCUCCGCCAUCUUUAAGAGCACACAGCUAAACAACUUCAUGUGCCACGCGAAAAACAGCCAACACAAGCCCCCCAUGGUCGGAUCAGUGCUGCAGCUGCUCCAUUCAACCAACAUCAUAGAGCCCGUGUCAAAACCAGUGUUAACAAUAGUCCCCAACAUGGGGGACAUCUCUGAGGGGCAGGACUUGACCCUCACCUGCUCUGUCCAGAGAGGAACUACUCCCAUCAGCUUCACCUGGUAUCACACUGAGACAGAGGGCCCUAUCGCAGCGAAGAACUCAAAGAAACUGGAAGCAUCGCACUUCAUACGCAACGUCGAGGGACAGCACAAAGGGGGAUACUACUGCGUGUGCACCAACGCAGCUAACGAAACCAAACAGAGUCACACGGCCGUGAUAAAAGUGAGGUUGGCUGGCUGGAAGAAAGGGCUCAUCGCAGUCUUCUGCAUCCUGCUAGUGCUGGCCUUGGUCCUCGUUGUCGCCUUUAAAACACGUCUCCUGCAUUUUAAAAGGAAGCGAACGGGCGAGCUGUCAGUGAAGUCAGCCAGCACCAAAGUUGAGCGGCUGAGUCUCACCCAGGCAGAGGUCAACGAGGCUGCAAACGUCACACCAGGCAUUAUGGGAAAAAGUGUUUGGAGUGAACAUGUGUCAGGCUCUGAGUCCGAUGACCAGAACAGUGAGACUGCUACAGAACCUCAGUACACAGAGGUGAAGACCGGACAGGCAGAUCCUAAUAGAGCUCCAGUGAAGAAGGGCACGGACACGGUGUACAGCGAAGUGAGGAACUCCAAGCAAGGUGUUCCGGAGCAGACUGAUGGUCAGGGAUCAGUAGAAUAUGCAGAGCUGAAUCAUGACACGGAUCACCGCAAUGACCACGGUGGCCAGGGUGACCAGGCUGACCACAAUGACCACAAUGACCACAAUGACCAGGGUGACCAGGGUGGCGAUGGCAACCAUGGCGACGACUCUGUCCAGCAUGGCGAGAUUGACAACAGUGUUGACACCCACACUGCUGACCAUGGAGAAUGAAAACAUGACCCAAAGCCAGAUUGAUGACUGAACAACAAGAAUAUUUAUUCCCUUAUUUAUCCAGCUCUUUAAUGCAGCUGGAGCCUUUUGCGCUGAAACAACCCAAAGAAUUUACAUGUAAUUACACACUGGACUUUUUUGUAAAGCUUCGCAAAGAAUGUCCCGUACUGUAAAUUCACUUGCUUUGCUUUGGAGGGCAAAUAAAAUCUUUUUGUAAACUC